AUGCCCAAAGAGGCGAAUGGGAACGGUAUUUCGGAUGUGAAGUACCUCCCCGCCGAGUUUUACACUCCUUUCCUUUCAGAGGCCGCCAAUCGGAGGAAACCCAACCCUAUCCGAUCUCUCUUUCCAUUAGAAAAUACCCCUGGGCUCAUCUCCCUCUUGGCGGGAAAACCAAACGCCUCAUGCUUCCCUUUCAAGUCCAUCAGCUUCAAGACGCGCUCGCCUACUGACCCUUCCGCCGAUGUCACUUUGGAAGUUGACAAGGCCGAUCUGGACAGAGGAUUGCAAUACGGAAUGGCUGCCGGAGACUCGUCUUUAGUGAACUGGAUUUUCGGUCUCCAGGAGUACUUCCAUGGCAGGAAGAGAGGCGAAGGAUGGCAUGUUUCCGUCGGGUCAGGCUCUCAAGAUAUGUUGUACAAGGCGAUAACGGCGAUCACGAACCCCGGGGACUCUGUUCUCAUCGAAUCGCCGGCCUAUGCCGGAGUUCUUCCGUUGCUCGAGCAUUGCGAGCUGGUUGAGGUCGCUAGUGACUCGCAGGGAGUCAAUCCGGCGUCCAUACGCUCGAUAUAUGAGAAUUGGCCAGCAGAGAAGCCAAAACCUAAAGCAUUAUAUACUGUGCCGUUCGGCUCGAAUCCCACAGGUGCAACCACUAGUUUAGAGCGUCGCAAGGAAAUUCUGGCCCUUGCGCGGGAGCACAAUUUCUUGAUCAUGGAGGAUGAUCCUUAUUACUAUCUAUAUUUUGGAGAAGCCCCCCGACCGCCGUCGUACUUCAAUUUGGAGCUCGAGGAGCCGGAGGUUGGGCGCGUACUGCGAUUCGACAGCUUAUCCAAGGUCCUCUCAGCUGGGAUCCGUGUGGGCUUUGCGUCCGGACCCGAGCCAUUAUUGCACGCCAUGGAUAUGCAUACGGCUGUCGCGAACUUGCAGGCCCCCGGUCUGGUGCAGGUGAUGGUGGCCACCCUGCUCAACAACUGGGGAUACGACACGUUCAAGGUCCACAGCCAGAACGUGUCGAAUUUCUACCGCGAGAAGCGCGACAUCUUCGAGCGCGCGAUGCGCCAGCACCUCACGGGUCUCGCGGAGUGGAGCGCACCGGAAGCCGGGAUGUUCUACUGGUUCAAGCUUCUGCUAGAUCCGACGGGCGCCUCCGAGGAGGACUCGGAGGCGGUCAUCCGCACGAAAGCGCUCGAGCGCGGCGUGCUCGCGCUGCCGGGUACGGUGUUCAUGCCGAACAACCGCAAGACGGCGUACGUGCGCGCGUCGUUCAGUCUGCUCGACGAGCAGCAGAUUGACGAGGCGAUACGCCGGCUGCGCGACGUCGUGCUCGAGGCGCGGGCUGCCAGUACCGCCGGGAAGGCGUGA